ACUCCACUCCUUGGCCCCCACACCCAACUCCAUCAUCUAAAUUACCCUUUAAAGUUGUAUAUAUUCAUUCAGAGUCUCUUUAUUCUUCUUCAUUAUCUCCGAUCACAUCUUGAACUGCUGUUCUUCAUUAAUUCAUUAAUAUUCUCUUCAAAGCUCCAUUCUUUCUCAAGUUUUGAAAGAUGAGAAGAAACCGUAACUUGGAUCUAAGGCUUGUCCCUCCUUGUGUUUCAGCUUUUUCUCCUAAAGAAUAUUGCACUACCACUCCAUUCUUCUCCAGGAGGGAUAACCAGGGCACAAAAGAGAAGCAACUGCAGCAGCUAACUAUAUUCUACAAUGGAAAAGUUGUGGUUUCUGAUGCUACAGAGCUGCAGGCGAAAGCAAUAAUAUAUCUCGCAAGUAGAGAAAUGGAGGAGAAUACAAAGACUUCAUCACAAAUUUCAGAGGCAUCAUCGCCAUUGUUACAACCUCAAACUGGUCUUUCCAUGAAGAGAUCUUUGCAAGGAUUUCUGCAGAAGAGAAAAAAUAGAAUUCAAGCAACUUCUCCGUAUCAUCACUAGCAAUUACUAACAAUUACUAAUAAUAUUUGAUGAACUUUAAUUUCUUUUUUCUUUCAUUUUUUCCUUCACUUUUCUAGUGUGGUUAUGUGAUGAAGAAGAAAUCUUUUUUUCAUGUCAUUACUUUCUGGUUUGCUGACCCGACUAAUAUAGAUUCGUGGCUGGAAGACCCACCUGAUGACAUGCUCUAGAUAUGUAAUUUAGUGUUCUCAUAUAAAUAUUAUGGAUGUUGGCUUGAAAUGAAUUUAAGGGCCCGUUUGGUCAUA